CAAUAUCCCUAGGCCAAAUUGAUCUAUUGUUUGGGUUGGCAAUUGUGUAGCUCAAUUUGAAAUAGUCGGCACGUGCCUAAGUGACGUUGCCAAGAUCUCAACUUCGCAUUUGUUUACUUCCCAAGGUAAACAACAAGAAUCAUUCUCUGCGCACAUUACGACCUCAACGCCUACGCAGAACCCUACGCAGAAUCUGUCACCAUGUCUUACAAUCCUCGUAUGAGUAUUGCGCCAAGUUCGCAGCAGCAAAAUCGAGGCAAGAAGAAGGAAGAAGAGAGCGAUGCGUUUAUGCGCUUGGUAAGUUUAUCAAGGCUCUAUUGAUAUUCGCAGCAUACUGAUGAUAAAUAGCCCGAUAAAGAAAUUGCAGGAUGUAUUAGUGAUAUCGGAGUACCUUUCACAGUCGCAGACCUCCAGAAGCCGAAUCCCCUCCAAAUUCAAAUGAUCUUCGAAUGGUUCGUCGAGGUUAUUAUGAGUGCAAACCGAGAGACGGUCGACCCAGCGAUGAGCGCUGCGGCAGAGGACAUCUGCGGCGAAUACAUGGAUGUCAUUCCAAGCGACACGCGCAACCUGAUGGGAUUCUACGUUACUUUGCGCAAGCUGUUGAAUGAAUGUGGUAUUACGGAUUUCUCUUUCCAGGACCUCUACAAGCCGACCCACGAUCGCCUGGUUAGGAUAUUCUCGUAUAUCAUCAAUUUUGUGCGAUUUCGCGAAAGUCAGAAGCAGCAUAUCGAUGAACAAGUGGACAAGGUCCAGACAACGAAGGACCGCAUUGAAAUGUUGUACAUGCAGAACCAGGAAAUGGAAGAGAGGAAGCUGGAGAUGCAGAGGAAUAGAAAAGCAAUGGAAGCGCACAUCGCGGAGAAGGUCAAGCGAAAUGAAGAUUUGAAGAAGCGCCUCCUCGAUUUGCGACAAAAUCAGGAGAAGGUGACUCGUCGGUUCGAGAAUGCGAAGGCUAAGAAGAGCGAAAUGACCGCAAUUCUGGAGGACAAGACUGCUGCAACAAUCUCUUUACGUCAGGAAAGUGCGAAAUUGCGGCCAUACGUGCUACAAUCGCCAGCUGCACUGCAAGCAUCCCUGACUGAGCUUAGCAAUGCACUCAAUUCAGAAAAGACCCAGAUUGAUGCUUUGGAUCGUCGAGCUCGUGGACUUCAAACCUCAACGGAUACUUUUCAGGUUGUUUCGUCGGAUGUUGCUUCUUGCAUCAAACUGUUAGAAGACAUUUCAGUCGAAUUGGACAAGGAAUCAGAAGAGAACGUCCGGAUUGCCAGACAGAGGGAGACUCUAGGAGAUCGAUCAAACAAUGUUCGCGAAGUUGAGAGAACGGAAGGGUUACUGCAACGACAACUUUCCAAAUGGUUGGAGCGUACAGAUAAGCUUAGAGAAGGAAGCAAGGAGAAAGCCAUGAGUGCAAAGGAGAGAAUGGAUGAACUUCGUGCUGUGCAUCGAAGGCUCACCGAGGAAAGAGCCGAAAAGGGCCGCGAAAUGGAGAGAAGAAGAGUACGAAUAGAACAAACCGAGAAAAAGGUAUGCAUAAACAAAUGUUUUGACCAAAUUGCAAUCUCACUAAUACCUUCCAGAUGGCCGACUUGAAGGAAAACAUUGAAAAUGAGGUCCACAGUGCCCAUGACGAGUUUAUGAAGAUGGAUUCGCACAUCAAGCUGUAUAUCACAGAGAUGGAGCAAUCGCUCUAGCUCGGGUGUGAUGGAAAUCUUGUAUAAUGAUCUUUGGGUUGAUAGGGGGUGGGGAAAUGGCGCACUGGGUAUACCUUAUG